AGUCCAAUACUACGACUCGGCUAUUUUCUCCGGAAAAUGUUAGGUGACCAGUGACAGUGACAGAGACUGAUAUAUCAAAUUUGAUUGUGAAAGAAAGAAGUGUCAUUACGAUACUUAUACAAAAUGCUUUCUCUCCUGAAAAAUUGCGCGUUGGCAAAACAAGGAAUUAAUUAUGCAGAAGCUGUUACCCGUUAUUCUGGAAUUUUCAUAAACAAGACUUAUUCUACAAAAAGCGACAAUGCUCCAAAAAAUAUUGUAUUCAUCGACGGAGUGCGGACUCCAUUUUUACAAUCUGGAACUCACUACAAGAAUCUUCUGGCAUAUGAUCUUGCAAGACAUUCACUAGUGGGCUUACAACAGAAGAUCGGGUUCCCUAAAGAAAUAGUUGAUUACAUUGUGUAUGGCACAGUAUUGCAAGAAGUACGAACUUCCAAUAUUGGAAGAGAAGCUGCUAUAGCUGCAGGAUACAGCGAACAUACUCCUGCACAUACAGUAACGAUGGCGUGCAUUAGCAGUAACCAGGCUAUCACUACUGGCAUGGGUUUAAUCGCUUGCGGUGUUUAUGAUGCAAUUGUAGCAGGUGGAGUCGAAUUCAUGUCAGAUAUUCCGAUCCGACACAGUCGACGCAUGAGAUCAUUGAUGCUGCAAGCAAACAAGGCAAAAACUUUAGGAAACAAAUUAGCUCUUUUGGCCAGUAUCAGACCAGCCUAUUUCGUACCAGAUCUACCAGCUGUGGCAGAGUUUUCAACUGGUGAAACCAUGGGACACAGUGGGGAUCGUUUAGCUGCGGCUUUCGGUGUGACACGCAAAGAACAAGACGAUUACGCAUUGCGCUCUCAUACUUUAGCCGCGCGCGCUCAACAGCAAGGACUUUUGUCGGAUGUAGUGCCUUAUAAAGUACCGAACGUUAACGAAGUUGUCGACAAAGACAAUGGUAUUCGCGUGUCUACAGAAGAACAGUUGGCAAAACUAAAACCUGCAUUCGUUAAACCUUACGGAACUGUCACUGCGGCCAACGCGUCUUUCUUGACCGAUGGUGCAUCCGCGGCAUUAAUGAUGAGAGAGGACAAGGCUCUUCAACUUGGUUUGAAGCCCAAGGCAUACCUGCGAAACUUCACUUACGUAUCCCAAGAUCCAGUCGAUCAGUUGCUUCUGGGACCAUCAUAUGCAAUACCAAAGAUCCUGGAUAAAGCAAAAUUAAGCAUAAAAGAUGUAGGAGUAUGGGAAAUACAUGAAGCGUUUGCCGGACAAAUCUGUGCUAAUUUAAAAGCGUUAGAUUCGGAUUUGUUCGCACAAAAAUAUUUGAAUAGGAACUCAAAAGUCGGAAUACCAGAUCUGAGUAAGUGGAACGCUUGGGGUGGAUCCUUGUCAAUCGGUCAUCCGUUUGCUGCUACGGGAGUAAGAUUAGCGACACAUACUGCUAAUCGACUUAUCAAAGAGGAUCAACAAUUCGGACUUAUCGCGGCCUGUGCUGCUGGUGGACAGGGAGUUGGUAUGAUUAUGGAAAGAUAUCCUGGUGCUACAGUUUGACCUAGUUUUUAGAAAAAUGGAAUUGAUAUAUAAAAAUAAAAAACGGAAAAGAGAAAAUAUUUUUCUACUCGAGGAGAUAUAUAAAUAAUCAUCUGGUAUUGUUGCAGAUUUUAUAAGAAAAUAAUUUUGUAAUAAAUUGUGUUUAUAUACAA